CCCGGCGCCCAGAGCGGAUGCGCUAUAAAACCACUUCAAAACCUUCAGAUGCUCCUCCACACGAGAACCACCGACCAACACCGGCGUCAGUCCACAAGGACGACUAUACAUCCGAUUUAUUUGGAUUACAGUGAAUGUCCAUCCGCUGUCUGUUGAGAGCUGAGAGUGAAGAGGGACCCGAGUGAAGAUGUCUAUCUCCACUCAGCUGGGUCUGCUGUUGUGGAAGAACUUCACCUACAGAAGGAGACAAACGCUCCAACUGCUGACGGAGAUUGUGUGGCCUCUCUUUAUUUUCUUCAUCCUGAUUGCUGUGAGGUUGAACUACCCGCCUUAUGAGCAACACGAAUGUCACUUUCCCAACAAAGCCAUGCCCUCAGCAGGCACCCUGCCCUGGAUCCAGGGCAUCGUCUGCAAUGCCAACAAUCCCUGCUUCCGACACCCAACCCCCGGGGAGUCUCCAGGAGUCGUUGGAAAUUUCAACGAUUCCAUAAUCUCACGCCUGUUUUCUGAUGCCAAGAAGAUCUUACUGUAUAGUCAAAAUGACAAGAGCUUAGACGGAUUCAAGGAGCUUAUCAGAGCAGUUAAAGUCAUGCAAAACAACACAGCUGGUUUCAAGCUGAAGGACUUCCUGGGUGAAAAUGAAACCCUUUCCAUGUUCCUCCAACAAAACGCCUCCUUUUCCCAUAAUCAGGUGCAGAAUAUUCUGGAAGCUGAUGUAAAUCUUGAAAAGGUGCUGAUCAAAGGUUUUGGCGUCCAUCUGAGAGACAUGUGCAGCACCACCACACUUGAGGAUUUUGUGAGCAUUCCAGACGAAAGGGUGGCGAGAUUCACCCAGGAGCUCAUCUGCAGCGCUCCCAAAAGCUGGCUAGACCAGGCCGAGGGACACUUCAAGUCCAACUUGGAUUUCCUCAAACCUAUUAAGUCAGAGAUAAGGACUAAUGCCACUGAUGUCCGUCUAGUUGCCAAAGCUACAGACAACCUUCUGGAAAGCCUGGGAUCACUGGCUGUGGAGCUGGCCAGUAUGAGGAGCUGGAGUGACCUGCGAAACGAGAUCCUGUUUCUGUCAGAAAACGCCACCGGCUCGCCGAGUCUGAUGUACCAGGCUGUGUCCCGAAUCGUGUGUGGACACCCGGAAGGCGGUGGCCUCAAGAUCAAAUCCCUCAACUGGUAUGAGGACAGCAACUUCCAGGCGCUGUUCGGCAACCACAAUGAGAGUGAUGACGAACCAGUUUCAGUCUAUGACAACACCACCACUCCAUACUGUAACAACUUGAUGAAGAACAUGGAAGCCAGUCCUAUCUCUCGAAUGAUCUGGAGAGCACUGAAACCUCUCUUGAUGGGGAAGAUCCUCUACACGCCACACAGCCCUGCAACACAGAAGAUCAUUCAUGAGGUCAACAAGACAUUUCAGGAGCUCGGAGUUCUACGAGAUUUAGGAGGAAUGUGGGAAGAAGCCAGACCGAAGGUUUGGAACUUCAUGGAGAACAGUGAAGAAAUGGAUCUGAUGCGGAUCCUUCUUCGAAACAAUGCACUGCUAGUUUCUUCAGUGCCCAGUUGGCUGGGACUCAAUGGAGUGUGGAGGAUGUUAUAAGCUUCUUGUCUAAGCACUCCGAGGACACACGUCCCCAUGGGACAGCAUUUACGUGGCGGGAUGUCUUCAAUGAGACGGAUCAGGCCAUUAUGAGCAUAUCCCGUUUCAUGGAGGUCAGAACAGCUCUCUUCAUGCUACCUUUU